AUGAGCAAAGGAAACGCAACCUGCCAAUUCGAAACCGACGGAGGUGAUCCGAGUUCUACUGUACUACCAUCCCCUUAUUUCGAAAGUAUGUCGGAUGACUCGCCAUUAGACCCUAUCACAAGUCCAGAAUCCGGUGGAUCAAUCUACCAAUACUUAGGGCCAUUGCGUUCGCCCAGUGAAGAUCUCGCUGAACUUUUUACUCCUAAUACUCCAAGGACAUUAGUUGGGCGAUUCGAUGUCGCACCUCCUCCGAGUGCGCUUGCUUUGGUGGAUGAUUGGAAUGGCUCAACAAAGGUAACGAAGUCUUCCACCGAUAAUUCCAAUGUCCCGCCUGAUCACCCUAACAACGUAUUGACUGCCGCUGGAGCGGACUCGGAGAUAAUCACAGAACCGAGAACCUCCAACGGUGAAGGCCCUACGGCUAGUGAUCAGUCGGUAGAUGGCAGCUUCCCAUCAGGGCUAUCACCGCUUAAGUACUAUUGGCCCGUCGGCAAAGAAGGUGAGCAUUCCCGGUCGGAAAACACAGCGAGGAAGAAAUCGACAGACCAACAGAAGCGAGUUAAGGAAAUGUGCAGUAGACUACCUCUAGCCGUACAACCACAGUAUCAGCUGCCAUACGAGUAUAGCGACUGGGCAGACGAGACCAAAUCGCGAGAUAAAAAUAACUCGUUUAAUACUGAACCUGCAAGUACAAAGCCCGAGCGCAAAAAGCGAGUCCCCAUGGAGUUUCCAGAUUGGAGAUUAAUUGAGGAUCCCGACCAGCAGCGCAAGCAGAAAAGAAGAGCAAAUAAUGCAAGACGUGCUCGGGAGUCGCGAGAGAGACAGAAAGCCCGUCGCGAGCAAAUAACAAUGGAUCUCGCGACAUUGGAUAGCCAGCACAAGAGAAUGUCUGCCCACCUAGCCUCCUUGAAUAAAUUACAGGAGAGAUUGACCUUGUCAGAGAAUUCGUCCACUAUUGACGGAGUCUAA